CAGCAGGACCUUUUACGAAGGCAACGAAGGACGUCGAGAGAUCGCGGUACCGUCUUCAAGCAAAGUGAUCUUUAAGUGCUCAAAACGUUCGAUUUUUUGGAGUUUUGAGGAAAAUUCAGAGUUCCUAGUGGAAAGUGAAUCGAAGUUCUACGCGAACAAACGUGAGGUGAUCGGUGGGAUAUGUUUGCGCGAUCGUGUUGAGUGGCAGGAGCGAAGAGUGAAAGUGAUAUAACAAGUUUGCACGAUCAUUUGUCGGUUCUGGAUCGCGAGUGUGUCUGUUAUUGAACCAGCAACCAUGUCAUCGUUGGUCCAACAAUCGCUGCCUGCGCUAGUGCUAGUAGUGCUGCUCCAGUACCUGCUGGUUGUCCCAGCGAUCGAAGCCAGCGGAAACACGGUCGUACAGAUUCUGUUCGAUGAGACGAGCGCACUGCUUGGGAAUGCAUCGGAUCGCAUUCCGGAUACGGUCGUAUACAGGAAGGAGUACGAUUUCAUCGUUAUCGGUGCCGGUUCCGGUGGCUCGGUAAUGGCUAACCGGCUGUCGGAGAUGCGCGAUUGGAGUGUGCUGCUGCUGGAAGCUGGCAAGGAAGGCAACAUGAUCACCGAGGUACCACUGACGGCCGGAAUCACAUCCAUUACGGGCUAUAACUGGGGCUAUAAGGCCGAUCCGAGCACCGGUGCCUGUCUCGGUUUAGAGGGUGGCGUCUGCAACUGGCCAAAGGGACGCGGAUUGGGGGGCACGAGUUUGAUCAACUAUCUCAUCUAUACCCGCGGCCACCGGCGUGACUAUGACGAAUGGGAACAGGCGGGUAAUCCGGGCUGGGGCUACCGGGAGGUACUGCAUUACUUCAAGAAACUGGAGCGUGUCCACAUCCCGUCCCUGCGGAACUCACCGUACCGCUCCACGAGCGGCCUGGUGGACAUCGAAGAGUCCAGCUUUGAGACACCGCUGCUGAAACGCUUCAUCGAGGCGGGCAAAGGCCUAGGAUACGAGGCGACCGACACGAAUGGCGAAAUACAGCUCGGUUUCGGUAAGGCGCAGGCUACGAUGCGUAAAGGUCGCCGGUGCAGUGCGGCCAAAGCGUACCUCUCACCGGCCGCCAAGCGCUCCAAUCUGGACAUCUCGAUGUACUCGCGCGUUACCAAGAUUUUGAUCGAUCCCAUCACGAAACUCGCGUACGGUGUGGAGUUUGUAAAGCAUCGACGGCGUUACGUUAUUCGCGCACGAAAGGAAGUGAUCUUGGCGGCCGGUGCCAUCGCUUCCCCCCAGCUGCUGAUGCUUUCGGGCGUAGGUCCUCGGAGUCACCUGCAGGAGCUAGGCAUCCCGGUGAUACAGGAUCUUCCGGUCGGGUAUAAUCUACAGGAUCACGUUAACCUGCCGGGACUGGUGUUUCCGGUUCAGCAACCGAUCACCGUUCGUGAGCGGGAUAUGCGCUCACCGAAGUACGCACUCGAGUAUUUCCUGCAGGGUCGUGGACCAUUCACCGUACCCGGUGGUGCCGAAGGUGUCGCCUUCGUCAAAACAAACAUCAGCUACACACCCGCCGACUAUCCGGACAUUGAGCUGGUGAUGGGCAGCGGAGCGUACAACAACGAUGAAUCCGGGACGCUCCGGGCGGCAAUCGGGAUCACCGAAGAGUUCCAUCAGCGCACGUACGGGACGAUCUUCGGGAAGCAUGCCUUCUCCAUCUCGCCGGUACUGAUGCGCCCAAAGAGCCGUGGCCGGAUCUCGCUGAAGAGCACCAACCCAUACCAUUGGCCCCAUAUGGAAGGUAACUUCUACGCCAACCUCGACGACCUGGUGGUACUGCGGGAGGGUGUCAAGCUGACCCUGUCGCUGGUGGAAAACUCGCCCUCAUUCCAGACACUCGGGGCACACCUUCACCGGACACCGUUUUUCGGUUGCGAAGGUCCCAAGUUCCGAAGCGAUGAGUACUGGGAGUGUGCUAUACGGCAGAUCGGCAGCAGUCUGCAGCAUCAGUGCGGAACGUGCAAGAUGGGACCGGCCACCGAUCCUGGGGCGGUCGUUAAUGCACAGCUACAGGUGUACGGUAUCCGGGGGUUACGUGUGGUCGAUGCAUCGAUCAUGCCGACGAUCCCGGCAUCGCACACGAACGCGGUCGUCUUUAUGAUCGGCGAGAAAGCGGCAGACAUGGUGAAGGAGUAUUGGUUCAACGAGAUACGCUAGGGACAGUGUCCAUCUUGCAUUCCCCGUUUCUCUCAUUUACUCUAGUCAAUUGAUUACGGCCAAGGGUUGGCCGCAAUGCACGCAGUACGCAGUGCCCUCCACUACUACUACCACUAGCAACGGUAACAAACCCUUUCCCUACGUAACCGCACACGAAACGGUGGAACUGGCGUAGGAAUUUAGAUGAA